CAUUUUCGUUUUGUGGCACGGUUAGGCGGCGGUCUGUGUGUGAAAUUGCUAAAAUAUCCAAGAUAUAUUUGUCUAGUGAUACAAAUACUACCCGUUGUGAUUGUUUUGUUGUGAGCCUCACCAAAACUGGUGUUUCUAGUGUUACUGUUACGCAGUUCCUUCGAUUUCCUGUAGUCGAAAGGACAUGUGGUCACCAAGCUAACUCACCACGCCGCGAUGCCGCUGCCGAAGCGCUGCGUGGAGCCGGUGCACGUGUCGCGCGGCACGGUGCCCGAGCGGCUGCAGCUGCCCUCGGAGCUGGAGGCCGCCACCAACGGCACCCUCGCCAACACCGUCAGACAACUGUCAUCCCUAUCCAAGCAUGCGGAGGACAUGUUCGGCGAGCUGAGCCGCUCGGCGUCGGGGCUGGCGGAGCGCACCAACGUGCUGCAAGCCCGCAUCGACCGCCUCGCCAUCAAGGUCACGCAGCUCGACUCCGCCGUGGAAGAAGUGUCCCUUCAAGACAUCCAAAUGCGGAAGGCGUUCCGUUCAUCCAGAACGUUCCAGCAACAGUUAUUCUCUCGCAACACGAUACCGUCGGCCAUGUUGGCUACAUACGCCAAAUGCGACCCGCCGCCGCCGCUCGAGCGACUCAACGAGUUUAGGGAUGACGGGAGAGAUGCGAGGAAGUUCUACACGGACCCCGAUUACUUCUUCGAGCUGUGGCGUAGGGAGAUGCUGCAGGAUACGGAGAGGAUCCAGCAUGAUCGCGGGAAGAAGGUCCGUCAACCGCGCACCAACUCAACGGGCGACGGGCGCGCGGGGCGCCGCGUGAGGGUGCCCCACUCCACGCGAGACCGGCAGAUGAAGGAGGCGGUCACCCGGGGAGAACACAUCAUGGCGCCGAGCCAGCUGCAGCACUAUAACAUCAGGCAGCAAGCGCCGCAGGAACCUGUUUAUCAAACAACGGUGACAGACGGUGGGUACCGAGCCACGGGCCGGCCUCCGCAGACGCAGGCGGCGCGGCCCAACUCCAUAGAGAUCGACAACCAGAGCAGAAGGCUCACUGGCAACGGACACGUGGUAGUCCCCGAAGACAGCGACUAUGGCACGGUGCAAGAGGGCAUCUACGGGGGCAGCCUGGCGGGCACGCCGCGCCGCCCGCGCCCCUCCGUGCCGCCGCCCGCGCCGCCGCCCGAACACGACACCCCCACCAGAUCAGCGCUGCCGCCGCCGCCGCCUCCGCCCGAAGCCGCGUCGCCGCCGCCGCUCGUCAACGGCGCGUCCCCGCCGCUACGCACCGCUCUCGAUGCACACUUAGACCACAUGCACGCUGUCAUUGGCAUGAUGUCGUCAGAAGCGACGGAGCCGGCCGCGCCGCCGCCGCCUCCGCCGCCGCCCGCCCCGCCGGCCCCGCCCGCCGACGACCGGCCCCGCCCGCCCUCGCCCGGCGCGCUACUGCGAGGAGCCAGCCAGUUGAAGCCUCCACGAGCUCCCGAGCCGCAGGUGGAUCCACGGUCGGACCUGUUGAAGGCUAUACGGGAUGGUGUAAAACUACGCAAAGCAGAAAAGAAGGGCGACGACACGGUCGGCCGCUACGACACGCUCCGCGGCGUGCCGGCCUUCCUCGACGUGGCGUCGAUCCUGGCGCGCCGUGUCGCCGUGGAGCUCAGCGACAGCAGCUCCGGCGACAGCGACACCGACGACAGCGACCAGUGGACGGAGAGCCGCGCGUGACCACCGCCCCCGCGCGCCCGCGCCGCCCCCGCCCCCGCCCCCGCGCCCCCGCCGCGCGCCGCCGCGCCCCCGCCGCGCGCCGCCGCCCCGCCCGUCUCCAUCGCCAUCUACACGCAACGCAACGAAACAGAAGACGUAACAGAGACUGCCAACUGCGUCAAAAACUCCUCGUUCCUAACUCGUGACGCGGAACAGAAGGUUAAGAGUCCGCCGAAGAAGGAAUCGCCGCCCGUGUCAAGUUUCAAGGUGAGUAGGGCGGGGUCGAAGGACGAAAGUGUGGUCGAGAGCGAAAAGGCUAAAGAGGUGCCCGUUAAAAAGGAAAUACCGGUUAAAGAGGUUAAAGAGCAGUCUGUGGUCAAAGAAGUGCAGAAGAAGGAGGUCUCAAAG